GUUCCUAAAGUCAGUCCAACGGAAGUUCUGUUUCCUGAAUAACCAGCCUUGAACAUUGUGAAUGAUAAAAAGCAGCAUGCAUCUGAAAAGUGGAUUAAUAUUCCUUAUAAUUUGGCUCGCACUCCAAGUUCAAGGAAGCAAAGAAACCCCUAAUAAAAUGAAUCGCGGUGAAGCAAAACAUCUUGCAGAUGCUUCAGGGUCUGAAAAGUCAGAAAGAACAACUAAGAGGUCUAAAGUAUCCACUAUCCGAAGGAUAUUUGAUAUGGCAAAACAUCGAACAAAGAGGUCUUCUUUUUUCCCAACUGGAGUGAAGGUUUGCCCUCAAGAGUCAGUGAAGCAAAUUUUAGCAAGCCACCAAGCUUAUUAUAGGCUAAGAGUCUGCCAAGAAGCUGUAUGGGAAGCCUUCCGGAUCUUUCUGGAUCGGAUUCCAGAUGCAUCAGAAUACCAGAAUUGGGUUACCGCCUGUCAACGAGACACUUUCUGCAUAUUUGACAUUGGGAAAAAUUUCAGUAAUUCUCAGGAGCAUCUGGAGAUAAUUCAACGGCGAGUAAAACAUAGAACCUUCCAGGACAGAAAAGAGGAAAUUUCUACAGAGAAAACUAGUGGCAAAAAAAUUGAAGAACCUUCUGUUGCUACAGCAGCCCCUACAGGCCCCGUUGUCGAUGACACCAAAGCUCCUGUGAAGGAGCCAAAGCCAGAGGUCCCGAACAUAGUCCCCGAACGUCCUGUGGAGCAGAUGGUGGAGUUCAGUGUGACCCUCACUGACCAAGAGUAUACCCCAGAACUGAGUGAUCCUGCAUCUCCUCAAUACCAGAAACUAGCUGAAAAAUUUCAGCUUCAAAUGCAAAAGAUAUUUGAGAAACUUGCAGGAUUCAAAGAAAUCCGUGUGUUAGGAUUUAGACAGAAGAAGGAAAAAGAUGGGUCAAGCAGCACGGUAGCUCGGUAUGUCAUCAACUUUGAGAGAGAUGAGUCCGAAGUUAAAGGUCCUGCGGAUGACAUCUCAACUAUCAGCUCCAACAAGAUUGAAAACGAAAAAGGUUCUAUUAGUACGGAGGGUGAGAUACCAGCAACUAAACCAAGAGUGACAGACCUUCAGCAGAUGGUUGCCAUGGCACUACAGGAAGAUAAGUCACUGUCCAUGGAUCUUGGGACACUUCAGUUUACUGACGAAGCCAUUAGGCCAUCAAGUGACGUAGAUAAUGAUAUCCAAUCCAUGGUAACCGAUGGUGUCGCUGGACCUGGGUUGACCUCUGAAGUGCCACUGGUUUAUGCAAGUCCAGCAACAGUUAAUGACAUUGAGGAUACAAACCUCAUUCUAGAUUACCCAAUGCCCACAGUGCCUUUCAAUGCCUUGGAUAGUACCGGGGUUCCUCUCAGACCAGGAGAUCCUGAUUCACCUCCUCCAGCAGAUCAAUCAGCCAGCAAUGAUUUAAGCCCAGCCUUUACUGAGAUGCCGACUGAACAGUUAUUCACACCUGCAACAUUUACUGCUGGUAUCUUUCAGGAGGUUAGCGAUGAGGAGAGUGAAGAUGAGAAGAUGAAAGACCAGAUCCCCAGCACAGACUCAACAAUCCUCCCUGAGCAAGAUGUAAAGAUUACUGAUGAACUGGAAUCUUCAGGUGAUGAGAUUUUGGCUGCAAUAAGUACUAUACCAAAUGUUAUUGGUUCUCCUGCUCUUCCCACCUCUCUUCCUGAAGUUGAUAUUUUGGGGCUUACAGAUCAGAUCAUUUUAUUGCCUGCUGUGACUACCGGUGGUCCUUCCAUUGUCAUUGACCAGUCUUUUGAAGCAACAAGCUCUGGGUGGGCAGUGACCGACGGAGGAUUUGACAUGGGGGUGCAAGAUAUUGCUACUGAACUAGAUACGGUUGACAUCAUGAGGCCAGCAACAAUUAGUGAGGAUGGAAGUGGCUACUAUGCACUGCCUGAAACUCCGGAUAUGACUCCAGCUCCUCCACUGAAGUAUGUAACCACCAGCUCAAUGACAACUGUAGCCAAAGGCAAAGAGCUAGUAGUCUUCUUCAGCUUGAGAGUAACCAACAUGCGGUUUUCCGAUGACCUCUUCAAUCGGAGUUCCUCAGAAUACAAAGCACUCGAACAGCAGUUCAUGCAGCUGCUCCUUCCUUACCUACAGUCAAACCUAACAGGCUUCAAGCAACUGGAAAUACUGAACUUCCGCAAUGGAAGUGUGAUUGUCAACAGCAAAAUGAAGUUUGCCAAGUCAGUGCCGUACAACAUCACAGAGGCUGUCCAUUGUGUGCUGGAGGAUUUUUGUGAUGCAGCAGCUCAGCGCCUUAACCUUGAAAUUGACAGCUAUUCCCUUGAUAUUGAGCCAGCUGAUGAAGCGGAUCCUUGCAAGUUCAUGGGAUGCGACGAAUUUUCACAGUGCGUAAAGAACGAAUGGACGAAAGAGGCUGAUUGCCUUUGUAAGCCUGGUUAUGUACGAAGGGAUGGUCUGCCGUGCCGUAGCCUGUGUGAGAUUGAGCCACACUUGUGUGUUAAUGGUGGCAAGUGUGAAUUGGUUCCAGGAAGAGGGGCAGUGUGUAGAUGCCCAGCCCGUAGAAACAGCCGAGGGCGUUGUGCAAAAUACGCUCCAGCACCCACCCGGUCCAACAUCUCCAAAGCUUUGAUGCUUGGCUUAUUAAGCCUAGUUAUUCUUCUCGUCACUUUAAUGUAUAAGUUGCGAAGAAAAUGCAAUACCAAGCCUAAACUGGAAGGUCCUCCUCUCAGCCAAAGCAACACAGAGAAUGCUGUCAGAAUUAAUCCUGCCUUUGACCACCAUGAACCCAUCAGUAGUUUGUGUCAUGGGCCCUGUAACGUAAGUGCUUGUAUCAGUCCUUCAGAGAGCAGUGAUCAAGGAGCAUUGCAAAAGCAUGACCACAGAACAGAGCAUGGAGGCCACCUGAUACAAAGCAAAGACUGAUGAGUUAGUAUCUGACGCCCUGAAUUCUAGGCAACAGUCAGCGGACAUAAAGAUUUUCACCAAGAGGACUGCUGGUAAUACCAAGUUCACUCACCUGGAUAAAUGGAGUCUUUGGGGGAGGAGGGAGGCAACAACAAAGCUUCAGAAGGCAACCAAUACUUUUUUCCAUAACAGAACACAUUAACUGAAGUUUAUAUGUGAGUAAAAAACAAGGUGGCUGCACCUACUUUCCGUCAAAAACUAUUGUCCUCCAUUACAUAAUAUCCAUGUUAUCAUGAAUGCAGUGCUAAAUGUAUUUAAUAACUGUACAGUGUUUAUAUGAUAAAUAUUUUUGUUAUUUUAAAGCUUAGAUUCAGAUGCAGAAGUCUCUGCUGAAAAAGUUACCAUUGGUGGUAUUCUAUCCCAAAAUAAAGGAACAGAAAAGUGGCCGACACAUAUACUAACUACUGGAAUGACUGUCAGUUAUGUGGUAGUAACUGUUUUAUUA